UAUUCCUUCAGCUUCGUGUGUUUACUUAUGUAAGAUGAUAUAAUAUAUCUGAUUUUCCAUGUUUCAUCUUCUUGUUACUCAUCAUAAGUGACUGCUGGCCAACCAUAAAUUAUUGAUUGCAGGGACUUAUGGAGGAAAUCAAUGCUGUCUUAAGUAGAAAGUUAGAUUUCGAGGUGUUAAACUUUCUGGCCUUGAUCUUUCAAAACUGGAUUUGUCUUAUGUGGACUUCAUCCAUGCUUGUCUUAGAGAUGUAUUCUUCUCACGUGCAAACCUACAGUGUGCCAAGUUCCGGGUCAGUGUUCUACAAGUGUCCAGCCUUCCAUGUACACAUUCCUAGACCACCAAGUGGAGUUCAUUAUCCAAAUAAGUCUAUCAUCAAGAAGCAUGUUAAACCCACACCAUUUUUUUGGCAUGAGAAGUCUGCUGUUGUUGGACGGUUGCAUUCUUUAAGCUAAACAAAUGGACUCACAACAAAGACAAGUGCACAAAGGAUGAUGAAUUGAAGGAUGGAGCAAGUUUCACGCAUGGUUUACUUUUGUGUAUCUUGUAAUGUUUCUAUUUUUCAUUUUUGAAGUAAAAAUUGUUCAAGAUUAUAAAACUUUAUUAUGUUAUGCUUUCAAACUUAAGUUAGAACUAAGAUCUCAUGAA